UUUCCUGGUUUUGACCGUCUCUGUAUUUGCGCUUUCGUGAUGUCCGGCCGUGGCAAGCAAGGAGGCAAGGCCCGCGCCAAGGCCAAGUCGCGGUCGUCCCGCGCCGGGCUGCAGUUCCCCGUGGGGCGCGUGCACCGGCUGCUGCGCAAGGGCAACUACGCGGAGCGCGUGGGCGCCGGCGCGCCGGUGUACAUGGCGGCCGUGCUGGAGUACCUGACGGCCGAGAUCCUGGAGCUGGCGGGCAACGCGGCCCGCGACAACAAGAAGACGCGCAUCAUCCCGCGCCACCUGCAGCUGGCCAUCCGCAACGACGAGGAGCUCAACAAGCUGCUGGGCAAAGUGACGAUCGCGCAGGGCGGCGUCCUGCCCAACAUCCAGGCCGUGCUGCUGCCCAAGAAGACGGAGAGCCACCACAAGGCGAAGGGCAAGUGAGGCUGCGGCUCGCGCUGGCCCGCGUCUCCAGGAUACCCCCGCGAGCUCCCAAAAAGGCUCUUUUCAGAGCCACCCACUGGAUCAGAUAAAGAGUUGUGUCACGGUAGCCGUUCUUGUGGCCUUUCCCGGCCCUGCCCCAAAGUGAGAGUGUCGUGUCCCCUGCCUCCUUCCCCAGUCUGCUGGCGGUCCCCUUGGUAGUAGUGGUGUCUUCUGUGCGGUCGCUCUUUGGCUGGUACCCUCGCUGACUGUCCCAAGCAUCUCGCCCCAUCUGCCUCCCCUCACCCUCGGUCACACACAACACCGAAUCCCUCACUCAGCACGGUACCACCCGC